AUGCCUACUAAGCAAUAUCUAAUCGACAGUCAAACGACAAGCAAAAUCAAGUCCGAGCAUACUGUCGUGCUCAGGACAACAUGGGGGGAUGAUAUAUGGAUUGGCCAAAGUUUGGGGAAAUCUACGUCUUUAGAAAAAGCCGAGUUUUUUCUGGAUUCUAAUCGCCAUUGCUUUAAAAUAUUGUCUGAGGUUCUCAACAGAGAGACCACCAUGGCUGUCUUCUAUGGAGAUUUCGUACCACUGCUAUUAGAGAAUGUUUGUUAUUUGUCCAUUCAUGUUGGAAGCGUUCGUGAUAUGCUAUUAGAGAAUGCUCUGUUGAAGAAAGGUCCCAUGCCAACACCAUUCGAUAUCGAUGUCAUCAUUGAAAGCCCCUCUUUGAAAUCGUUUAGUUUUGUGCAUCACACUGAUUCCGAUCUGUUUCCCUACCUCCUCCUUAGCAUCUCAGAAAAAGCUCAGCUUUUUUUAAAGCCUCAAGCGGAUGACGUUAAAAUCUUGUCUGAGGUUCUGUGCAGUAUAACUAUAAACAGGGUUGAAGCUCUUGUUCUAAACAAAGAGACCACCAUGGCUCUGUUAAAUGGAGUUUUCGUACCAGGGCUACUGAAGAAUGUUUUUCAUUUGUCUAUUCAUAUUGGAAGCUUUCUUGAUAUCCUAGUCCCAGAAAUGGUCUCUAUGUUUGGAGGAACGUGUAAUUUGAGAACUUUGGAAAUAAAGUCUGACCCACAGUUCCUUGACCUUAAAACUGAUUGUUCUGGUUUUAAUAUGGGAUAUUGGAGAUUGCAAAACCUUGCGUUUAUUCCUCAUCUUAAGGAGGUAACCAUAGAGCUCUCGAAUGGGUCUAACGGAAUUGAGUUAGCAGCGUACAUGCUUGAGUAUGCCCAAAACUUGAAGAAAAUGUUGUCUUUCAGGAAGAUCAACAAAGAGGAAACAAAAAGCAAAGACUAA